AUGAGUGAAGUGGAUUUAGCGGUAUUGGAUGACAGUGCCAAGGACCGUAGUGACCCAAAAAUCCUGACGUCGAUGCAAGAAAUCGAUUUGGCUCUGAAAGAAUGCGGUGUCGGAUGGUUUCAUGUGUUGCUUCUAAGUUCGGCGCUGGUGGGAUUAAUAGCAGGCGUUUUGGUGACUAAUACGACGCCAUAUAUUCUGCCGAUAGCAGAAUGUGACUUAAACAUGAGUUUAUUACAAAAGGGACUCUUGAACGCAGUACCGUACAUAGGAAUGACUUUGGUUUCAAUCAUUGCUGGUUUUUUGACGGACACUUUUGGUAGAAAGAUAUUCCUUGUCAGCGGUUUUGGCGGCCUAUUUUUAUUCUCUGUGGUCGCCGGAUCAAGUCAAACGUACGAGGUGCUAGUUAUGGCGAAAUUCUUUGAAGGCAUUUUAUUUGCGAUAUCAUUUAGUCCAGCCCUGACGAUUACAUCUGAAUUCUGCUACAAGGAAAUCAGAGACCGAGUGGUUCUGCUGCGAUCUUCAUUUAUGGCAAUAGCUCAGAUUCUUAUAGCUGCCAUGUCAUGGGGCAUUCUCUCCCAAAAUUGGCAUCACAGUUUAUUUAAUGGAUAUAUAGAGUUAUACGUAUGGAAUUUCUACAUAUAUCUGAUGUCGCUCUGGUCAUUGCUGGCAUUCUUGUUUUACAUAAUUUUACCAGAAAGUCCUAAGUUUUACAUUACACAAGGAAAGUUUCGAGAAGCAAGAAAUGUUGUAAUAAAAAUAUAUACGGUGAAUACCGGGAAACCUGCCGAAACGUUUAAGUACAUAAACCUGUGGAAGGAAAAGGAGAAGCAAUAUAUUGAUGAAACGCCAGAGAGAACAAAGGGUUCCACCAUCACCCAUCAGCUAGUAACAGGUCUUCAUAAUGUGAAAACGAUGUUCAAGAAACCUCUCGUCCUAUAUCUGCUUUUAAUUUCUGCGAUGAACUUUUUGAGCAUGGUACUGUACAACGUAAUUAGGCUGUGGUUCCCUCAAUUGUCAGCCAUCGUAGAGCAUUACAGUAAUGUUGAUGGUGUUCAAGACCUAUGCGGAAUGCUGGACGCAUACACCAGCGAUGUGCGGAUAAGAAGUGCUAAUUCUACUCCUUCGGACGUUUGUGUUCCGACCCGGAGCGGCGACGAAACAUACAUUAAUAGUAUUAUCUUAGGUUUCGUAGCCAUUGUGCCGUUUGUGCUGAGCGGCGUUCUAGUUAACAGAGUCGGUAAGAAGAACUUGUACAUAGCUGCGGGGGCUAUCAGCGUUUGUGUUACGUUUGCGAUAAGGUGGGCCAGAUCCAAAGUUGCGGUGGUCGCCCUAUUCUCUCUGGACGCUGCCAUCUCGCAGACGAUGAUUGGUUUAUUCCAAGCACUGACAUUAGAGGUAUUCCCGACAACUACAAGGACCUUGGCGAUAUCUUUUAUCAUGACUUCGGGUCGAAUCGGCACGCUUGUUGGGAACGUGCUGUUUCCUAUUUUGCUGAAUAUGGGUUGUGCAGUGCCAUUUUACACGCUCACCGGAGUGAUGAUAUGCGUGACUUUGAUGUCUUUGUUCCUGCCAAAGUCG